AUGAGAAUUAUCCCAGGUAAGAGGCAGAAGAAGAAGAAGAAUACCAAACAGCCGAAUUUAAAUCUGGCUGUAAGGAUAUCUUAUGCAAAACAUGUAGAUUUGAUAGAUAAUUUUCAAUGUAAUCCAAUAUGUUUUGUUACGACAAAUACAUUUUAUACAAAAAGGACAGCAAAAUUAAAAAAUUCUAAUACUCAUUGGAAUCAGAUCCUUAAAUUGAAAUUACCAAGAACUCCACAAUCAGAUUUAUUAAGAGUUAUCGUCUUCGAUGCACUGCCGACAAUGGCCCCAACGACAACAGCUUCUACACCACCAUUGUCAAAUACAUCUAGCGUAACCUCUAUGGCAUCAAUGACUUCAUCCUUUGGAGGUGGAUCACAACAAUUAUAUGGUAGGUCGUCAACUACGAUACCGAACUCUAUGAUGGUAUCGAAUGCCUCAAUUCCCGAUUAUCAUGAUAGUUCUGAUCCUGUCCAUCAUCAUAACACCGGUGUUGACCAUUUAAACAUACAACACACGUAUUCUAACCAAAGUUUGGACCAUUCUAAUCCAGAUCAUUAUAAGAGACAUGUCACAAGUAAUUAUCUAUAUAUUGGUGAAGUACAAUUAUCUCUAUUAGAUUUAUUUAAAAAGAAAGGUUCGAAGAACAGUUAUAAUUUCUCAUUAGCGCCAGAAUGGUAUACUCUGUACGAUAAGAAAAGGGAAAAGGAACAACAUGAUAGUGGAGUCAAUAUGAAAUAUCCAGUUGGUGAAAUAUUUUUAGGAUUUAGUUUAACUACAAAUGAUAAGAAUUACAGCACCAUCGAAGCAUAUAAUUCAUGGAAAAGCAAGCUAUUUAAUACAAUGUCAAUACCGUUAAUAUCUCCCAAAGGGAAAUCUAAUGACAAAUCACAAGAGAGAGAACAAAUACGUAAUCGAUCCAGGACAAUUAGUGACCCUAGAUUAGAGUCUCUAAAUGUGUUGAAAAUGUGCGAAGUUCCACCUAGUGCAGUUACAGAUUCAGAAUUAGGACCAUCCUUAUCGGAUCCACAUUUACGUUCACAGACGUCCUUAUCAUCCUCGUCGGGAUCCUCGUCUUGUUCUUCAGUGUCCAGUUAUGAUAGUUUUGAAACAAAGCCAUACAUAACAAGUAGUACUUCGAAUAUUAAUGAUGUAAGCAUGGAAGGACUUAUUGAAAACUUCGAAUUACUCUCAGAUGUAAUAGCAUCCCCUGAUAGUGAAGAACAACCAAUAAAUGGUGCACAUAACAUAAAUAAUAUCGAUUUGGCAUCGAUAGCAUCAGUUCUUGAUGAAUAUGAUGUUGUAUUGCCUGAAGAUAUUAACAGUUCUAAGAUACCGAAUAUCGAUUUGUUGUUAAAUGGAGAUAUGAUACCGGAAGUAGAAAGUGCUAUUGAUGUGGAUGAAGAAAAUUUACUUGGCGAAAAUGAUGGAGACGAGAAUCGUAUGUACAAAAUUAAGGACAAAGCAAAUUCUUCAAUAAGUUUUAAUUCCGAGAAUAUCGAUAAAGGGUACGAGGAUGAUGAUGAAAGGUCUAUGUCCGGUGAUGAUUCCAGCGAAAAUGACGAUCAAGCAAAUGAUCAGAAUGGGCUAAUAUUUAGACCUACCGUAAAAAAACUGAUACGUAUGAGACGUAACACAAAAAGUUAUAAAGAACGAAUUACAAGGAAAGUCGAAACUACAUUUCAAGUCUCAAAGAAGCAACAUUCAUUGGGUGUUAUGUUUACAGAAUUUGUCUCCAUUACAGACCUACCACCAUUAAAGAGUAAACUGUCAAGAACUUUUGAUAUGGACCCAUUUAUUGUAGCAUCAUUUGGAAGAAAGGUAUUCAAAACAUCUUGGAGGAAACACACAUUAAAUCCGACAUUUGGCGAGUCUGCUGCGUUUGAAGUGUUUCCAAACGAAAAAAACUUCAGCUUCCACUUCAGAGUAUUAGAUAAAGAUUCAUUCACAUUUAAUGAUGAAGUGGCCGAAUAUGAUUUACCUUGGACUGAUAUGAUUGAAAAAUUACAAAAUAAAGAUCCAUCAAAGUGGACUGAUUUCGAUCUUCCAAUGAAACUAUUAGUGAAAAAGGAUUCUACAAGAUACACACAACCAAUACUUCACCUAAGGAUGAGAUUUAUGCCGUACAUGACGUUAAAGAAUACUUUUUGGAAAUACGCUGUGCUGAGAAGCACCAUAAAACAAAAUUUCGAUAUGUGUGACCUUAUGUUAUUCUUGGACAAAUUAGGGUCGUUCACAGAUAAAGAUGUACUAGAAUUUUUUGCACGGUUUUCUAAGAAUCCGUGGUCUGGUGAUUAUAUCUCGAAAAUUCAACUAAUCGAAGGUCUACAAAAUUGGAAGAAGUCUGCAGAAUUUAAGAAUGUUUGGAGAUGUCCUAAAUGUUUCAAAUCAAGAAAAAAGAGUAACAAUGUUUUGAAAUCCAAAUUGAUGAUUGAAAAUGACCUGAUUACUCAUUUUGCUAUUUGUAGUUUCUCUCAUUCAAAUAAGACAUUAAAACCAUCAUAUGUAUCUUCCGAAUUUGCCUCUAAGAGAUGGUUUUCGAAGGUACUAAUUAAAUUAACAUAUGGUAAAUAUGCACUUGGUUCAAAUAAUGCAAAUAUUCUUGUACAGGAUAGAGAUACAGGUAUUAUCAUCGAAGAAAAGAUUAGUGCACAUGUUAAAUUUGGUAUGAGAAUCAUAUACAAUGGUAGAGGUACAGAGACAAAGAAAUUCAAAAAUUUAUUGAAGAACAUGUCAAUAAGACAAGGUAAAAAAUUUGAUGAUCCGGCGUCAGUUAAACAAAUAGAACCAUUUAUCAAAUUUCAUUCCUUAGACGUAUCACAAUGUUUGGAUACAGACUACAAAACUUUUAACGAAUUUUUCUUUAGAAAACUAAAACCUGGAAGUAGAACUAUUGAGGGAGAAGAUUCCCAAGUAAUGGUAUCAUGUGCAGAUUCGCGUUGUACUGUCUUUGAUACGAUUGCGAAAUCGAAAGAAAUUUGGAUUAAAGGUAGUAAAUUCAGUAUUGAUAAAUUAACCGGAGAUUAUAAGUUGGACAAAUGUAACGAGAAAAAUACUAGUAUUGCUAUCUUCAGACUUGCACCACAAGAUUAUCACCGUUUCCAUAGUCCGUGCGAUGGUAUAAUGGGGAAACCCGUAUAUAUUGAUGGUGAGUAUUAUACAGUAAACCCAAUGGCUAUUCGAAGUGGGUUAGAUGUCUUUGGUGAAAAUAUUCGGGUGGUUAUACCAAUACAUUCAAAAGAAUUCGGCACCUUCUUAUUUAUCCCAGUAGGGGCGAUGAUGGUUGGUUCCGUUAUAUUAACAUGUAAAGAAGGUGACUCUGUUAAGAGAGGUAACGAACUAGGUUAUUUCAAAUUUGGAGGAUCCACCAUCAUAUUAAUUAUUCCAAAGGGUGCGAUACAAUUCGACUCUGAUAUUGCUAAGAACUCCAAGGAAGGUAUUGAAACUUUAGUGAAAGUUGGCAUGAGUGUUGGCCAUGUGCCUGGUAUCAAGGAGCACAAAAGAAAAGCAGUUCGUAUUGUUAAUCCAUCACAACUUGAGAGAAUUAAAAGAACUAUCAGUGUAGAUGAGGAACAUGUAAACAAGUAUCACAACGUUUCGUGGGAAUUCAAAGAGAUUGAGAAAUUCAUGAACCAAGAUUACGGUGAGGAAGAUGUAGAAUCAAAAAUAAUUGAUACAGAUUCUCCUUAUUAA